AUGUGCAAGUAUCCAAACUCAAAUAUCUCAGUUUUGUUUAUUAUCUCCAGUUAACCUUUUGUGUUGUGUAAAGCCCUUCCUUCUCAUUCUCUUUGACUUUGACGAAAAUGGCAUUUGCAAGUCUCAUACCCCUUCUUGCAUUUUUUCUUCUGCACCCUCUUCCUUCUACAUCUAACCUCCUUUCUCCCAUCGUUGACGAGGUCUGCAAAGGAGUGGAAUGUGGAAAAGGAACAUGCAAAGCUUCUCAGAACAGCACUUUCUUCUUUGAAUGUGACUGUCAACCUGGUUGGAAGCAGCCUCUUUCCAACGAUACAGAUUCAGCCUUCAAGUUUCUUCCUUGCAUAGUUCCUAAUUGUACAUUGGAUUAUUCUUGUUCCAAAGCCCCUGCCCCUGUUCAAGAAAAGGCAACAAAAUCCAAUGAGUCAAGUUUUGAUGCUUGUCGUUGGGUUGAUUGUGGAGGUGGCUCGUGCAACAAGACAUCAAUGUUCACCUACAAUUGUGAAUGUGAUGCUGGCUAUUACAAUCUCCUAAAUGUCACUUCCUUUCCUUGCUUCAAAGAAUGUUCUCUUGGCAUGGGAUGCUCUGAACUUGGAAUAUCAGUGACAAAUUCUUCAAGCUCUGCUGCACCACCGGCUUUGAAUGACAACACUAAGAACGAAGGUUGCUCAAUUCUACAAGGAAGUUACCUUAGGGUGGCCAUGGUAGUUUUGUUCAUGGCAAUGCUCCAACUGCAAUAGGAUAAUCAAUCACAGGAUUAUUUUAGAACUAUUUCAUCUUCUGCUAUUUAUUUGAUUACCAUACCAUCACAUUAAUUAGAGUUUAAUGCACAACGCUUUUAG